AUGGCGGGGACACUGAGGCGGGUGCUAAGCCCUAGCAGGGCGGCCGAGUCUGGGGAGGAUAAUUCAGCUGAGGCCGGACCACCUUUGCUGCUGCUCGGCGGUCCAGGGUCUGGAAAGACAGCUCUGCUAUUCGCGGCGGCCCUGGAGGCGGCAGGGGAGGGCCGAGGCCCGGUCCUCUUUCUGACCCGGCGGCCUCUGCAAAGCCUGCCCGGAAGGACGCCUGCAGCGCUCGACCCCCUGCGGCUACAGAAGAUCCGUUUCCAGUACCCACCUUCAACCCACGAGCUCCUUCAGCUUCUGUGCUCUGCCCACGAGGCCCGCGGGCCAGCUCCCUUCCUUCUACUGCUUGAUGGCCUGGAGGAAUACCUAGCUGAAGACCUGGAGCCUCAGGAAGCUGCCUACCUGGCUGCCCUGCUUCUAGACACCGCUGCCCACUUCAGCCACCAGGUUGGGCCUGGAGGAGGCUGUGGGCUCAUUGUCGCCCUCCAGACCCAGGAGGAAGGAAACAGUGGGGAUGCCCUGCAGCUGUCCAUUCUCCAGAGGUAUUUCCCUGCCCAGUGCUGGCUGCAGCCAAUUGCCUCAGGCUCAGGAGAGCGUUGCUUCAGAGCCUGCCUGGAGCCAUGUGGGCCUGUCCCCAGGGCAGAGUGGUGUGUGGCCUUCCAACCAGAUGGAAAAAUGACAAUCACCCCAUGGCAUACCCAGGCUGGUGACCCCAGCUGAGACAAGGGUUCACGCUCUGGAGGCCAGCCAUGAGCUUUGGUGCGUGACGACCCCUCUAUGCCUGGUUCCCAUGGCUGGGACAUUCACCUCAGGGACAUGUACAGAUUUUAAAACCUAAAGAAUGUGAAGUGUUUUUUUCUGUUUUAAAAAUAGCAUUGUGAUAUACAUAUUGUACCCUAUCAGCAUAUUGUUUAGUUUUGCUGUUUUGAACUUUAUAAAAAGAUUUUUAUGAGAAAUACAUUCUUUGAGACUUCUUUCUUCACCCCCCUCAGCAUUGUUACUAAAAAUUGACCACAUUUUUUUUUUUAGUAUAAAAUUUUUAUAUUUAGAAUGAGCCAGCUGGACUCAGUUUCGAUGAUCCCAGUUAUGUUGGCAGCAUCCAAAGCAGAGUCUGGAGCCAGUCGAACACAUGCCUCCUUCUCCCCAUCAGGCCUGAUCAGGCUGUUGACCUGGGCCACGCCAAUGUCACAGAGCUUCUUCACAGCCUGUUCGAUCGGGUGCUGGUUGGCCUUGGCAUCCAUGGUGAACACAAGUGUACCGUUGUCUUCUGUCUUCUCACAGCUGACUUCAGGGGGAGUCGGGGGAAUGUGAUGAUAUCAUAGCAUAGUGGGCAAGCUUGUUACUCCUGGGGGUGCUCUUCCCAGGAUAUUGGGGCUGCCUUCGGGGCCGCAGUGUUUUAGCCUCUGGAAGUUGGGUGAUGUGUAGACCUCUUUUUUUGGUGGUGACUGUGAAUGCCUUUUAGCACUGCUUUCUUUGCCUUUACAGCCUUUGCCUUGACUUCCGCUUUGGGAGGGGCAGGGGCUUCCUCCUUCACUUGGGAUGCCAUUUUCGUGAGAAGCUCAGCCACAUUUUUUAGUUCAUUUCUUUUUCCCUACUGCGUGUAAUUUCAUGGGUGACCAAACUUCAGUUUAUUCAUCAGAUUGACUUAUAUUUACUGCUGUGAACAUUCUUACACACAUGUCCUGGUGUGUGUGUGUGGGGGGGUGGGUUCCUAGAAGUGGAAUUGCUGCAGCAGAAGGUAUACAUUUGUUCAGCUUUUGUGAGUUAUGUCAAACUUUUAAAAAGUGGUUAAACUUGAACUCCCAUUGAGCCACUUGACCUUUGGUGUCAUCAGAAUGCUUUCUUAGA